GUCUAUUAAGGUCGUAUGUGCUCAACAGAAAUAGAGGGUGACAAAUUAACCCUCCCCCGUCUACUUUCGAUUUCACAUUACAGGAACAAAAUGGGUGGUGUGGAUAUUGUGAGCCUUGCAUAUUCCGUGACUGUAACAGCUGGAGGGCUGAUGGGAUAUGUGAGGGCAGGGAGUAUCCCCUCUUUGGUUGCUGGUCUUGCCUUUGGAAGUUUGAUGGGGUACGGUACUUAUCAGACCUCCAACGACCCACAAAACGUCAACCUGUCUCUGGUGACGAGUGGAUUGCUGGCUGGUGUGAUGGGAUACAGGUUUUUCAACUCUGGAAAGUUCAUGCCUGCUGGUCUUGUAUUUGGCUUGAGUUUGCUGAUGGUUGCCAGAUUUGGAUACAGAAUUGCUUCAAGAACUUAAUCAUUUCACACGAUUGUAACCACAAAGACUCUUGUUUUCAUGCUUCAUUUUAUUCAGUCAGAAACUCAAAAUAAAAUAACAUGUUACAGUA